ACCCGGCGUCUGUUUGUAAACACUACCUCGCGCUCCUCAAUUUUUCCCGCGUGUUUUUCCUGAUUUUCCCGCCUGUUUUUCCCUGUAUUCCCUGGUGUUUUUCCUCUCCCACACAACAAGGAGCCCCGUAACACACUGAAGGAGAGGAAGAAGCCCCGUAACACACUGAAGAAGAGGAGGAAGAAGGAGGAAAGGAAGAGAUAGAAGAGGAAGAGGAGGAGGAGGAGGACCAAUGAAGUGAUACAGGUCAAAAGAAGAAGCCGAAGAUGUGUUCCUUUUGCUCCAUCAACAAAAAAUAACAACAGCAACAAAGAAAACGUAAAAGAAAAAAGGAACAGAAAACGGGACAUAAAAGAGAGGGAGAGGAGGAACCGCAGCAAAUCCCAACAACAACAAAGAAAACGUAAAAGAAAAAGGAAGGAACAGAAAACGGGAGAUAAAAUAGAGGGAGAGGAGAAACCACAGCAAAUCCCGUUAAAAACAACAAAGAAAUCGUAAAAGAAAAAGGAAGGAACAGAAAACGGGAGAUAAAAGAGAGGGAGAGGAGAAACCACAGCAAAUCCCAACAACAAAUAAGACUUAAAAGAGAGAAGAAGGUUGAGAGAGAGGAAAGAAUAGAGAAAAGGAGGAAGAAAAGAAAGGGAAACUACAUCAUCAGCGACAACCAUUACAGCCCCUCUCCGACAACAACAACAACAACAACAACAAGCAUCACAGCCCCAAUACAACAAGUCUGGCCUCUUCCUCCUUUUGCUCCUCGCCGCAGCCAUGACCAACACCCUCGAGAGCUACGUCAACCAUCUCGUCUCCGUCAUCACCGCCGAUGGGAGGAACAUUGUUGGCACACUGAAGGGGUUUGACCAGACGGUGAACCUGAUCAUGGACGAGUGCCACGAACGCGUCUACUCCUCCCAUCGUGGCGUGGAGCAAGUCAUCCUGGGCCUCUAUGUGGUGCGCGGCGACAACGUAGCGCUCAUCGGUGAGGUGGACGAGGACCUGGACUCUCGGCUUGACCUCGAGAACAUCCGCGCCGAACCCCUCAAUGAGUGCAAGACCUGAUGACCCUGCCCUUACACCCUUAGCAUCCCUCACACAUCCUUAGCACCCCUUCCCUACACCCCAACACUCCUCGAAAUCAUCCAUGCCGAGCCCCUCAACAUAUGCAAGACUUGACAACCUUCCCCUCACACCCUGACACACCCCGACACCCUUAGCCUGCUACUCGCUGCUCCCAUGAAAGACAAAAGUAAAGAGAAGUCAGUUUCGGGUGGAGAUGCUGUUAAGGUUUAGAAGUUUUAAAGGAACAAUAACUCUACCUAAAAGAGGCACAAGAAAAUGUUCCGUACAAAAGAUAUUCAGUAUGUAGUUGUCUCUUGCUGUGUAUGAAGAUGAUGAUCAGUUAUUUUUUUUCUUUUUAAUUACAAAUUCUUAUUACAAUGAUAUCAUAACGUGCCCAUCAGGUGACUCCUUCAAACACACACACACACACACACACACACACACAAAUUGUUAAAUCCCAUUAAAAUAAUACAGUCCA